GUGCAAUGGAAUCGGACACUGUCUGUCCCUGUGCGGAGAACAUGUUCUUCGACGUUAGGACUGAAGAUUGCAAGGACUGUGAGAGUUGCGAAGGUGUUGUGCAAUGUAAGCUAUGUAAAGGAGGCAGCCCGUACUUCCUGCUCAGCAUCAUCUCCUCCUCCAUCGCGCUGGGGACGCUGUUGGUCGGGGCGGGCUACCUGAUUUCCCACAGGACCAGCAGGGGCUGCAAGUGGCCCCUCUCCGGGAGGGCGAGGAGCCGAGACCCCUUCCACUCGGAGGUGAAGGGGAGCACGCCGGAGGUGAGUUGCUUCCUCCGGGGACCCUCGUUCCCUCCCGCCCCGGCCUUCCCCUUCCCUCCGAGGCCCUCACCCCCUCCUCCUGCCCCUCUUCCACCCCCCCCAUGGGACACUCCCUUCCCUUCCCCC